AUGUCCGGAAAAGUGUCGCUCAACCGAAAUGCCGAAGACAAGGGCCCUGUGGCACUUGGCAUUGUCAUCUCUAUGUCGGUCCUCAGCACCCUCUUCACCGCUGGUAGACUGUUCGUUAGAGGAAGAAUUUUGAAGCAGUUUCAUCUCGACGACUACUUGAUUGUCGCGUCUGUAAAGUCGGGAGCAAUACUAUGGACCAUUGCUGGCUUUCCUCCUGGUGUCAUGUCCUUUGGACUCCCGAAGCUUGCUGUUGUCGCGCUCCUCACACGGAUCAUGAAUCCCAGCAAAUGGCAUGCUCUUUUCCUGUGGUUCAUCGCCUCAUUCUGUCUCAUCAACUUGAUUGGAUGCGUAAUCAUUCUUUUUGCCCAAUGCCAACCUUCUCACUCGCAGUGGGACUUUUCAGUCACAGACAAGACGUGCUGGGACAAGUGGAUUCUGGUUUACUUUGCCAUCUACUCUGGAGGCUUCUGCGCGUUUGUAGACCUUUACUUGGCCAUCUAUCCAGCCGUCGUCCUCGCGAAGCUACAGAUGAGUGUGAGAAAGAAGGUAGCUCUGAGCAUCGCUCUUGGGAUCGGGUCAAUCUCAUCGAUCGUUGCCACAUACAAAUGCUCUCGGCUUCCAAGUCUCGCAAGCUUGGACUUCUCAUAUGACACUUCAGACUUGGUGAUUUGGACUAUAGUCGAGGGCAGCACGAUGAUCAUUGCCGCAUGUAUUCCCGUACUCCAACCCCUCGGCGAGCUCAUCUUUGGCAAGCGCAUUUUCAGUUCUGGUGGAGGACGGUAUACGUAUGAGAACUAUGGUUCGGGUCCUAGUGGUCAACAUCGAUCCGAUAUUGAAAUGUCUCGAUCAAAGGAAGUAAAGAAGAGAGUAGCUAAAAGGCAACACGACGCUGCUGCGAUCAGCUUUGACGAUAAGGUAACAACAACGACGGUCACAAAGGGAAGUCAAGAGAGCAUUCUGCAAGGGAAAAACAUGCACAGAAGUAUUGUAAGAACGGACUUAAUCAGCGUCAGUAUUGAGUCGAGCAAGCCUUGA